AUAUAAACUGGCUCCACUUCUGCCUUGGCAGCAUAACUUCAGUGAUCAAAUUGUUUGUCGUGGAGACAAGUCCCAGCUUCUCCUCCUCAAAUGGGCCCCGUUGCCUAGCGUCUAACCCCCAGAGCCAGGCUCCUGAGGACGUAUACAGUCGGAAUACAGGGUUUACAUCAUCUUAAGUCCAAGCAAGGUUUGAAACAUGGCAGCGAUUCCAUCCAGUGGCUCACUUGUCGCAACACAUGAUUACUAUCGUAGACGCCUGGGAUCCACCUCUAGUAACAGCUCAUGUGGGAGUGUGGACUACUCUGGAGAGGUCAUUCCUCACCACCCAGGUCUUCCAAAGUCAGAUCCUGGUCACUGGUGGGCCAGCUUCUUUUUUGGUAAACCAUCUCAUCCCGUUAUGACCACUGUUUCGGAAUCCCCGGAGAACUCAGGAAGCUUGCACAUGACCAAUGGCCUUUUCCCCUGCGGCCUGGCUCAGGAGCCAGUGAGGAAGAACAGUCUCAAUGAGUCCAAGACUGACUCCAGCACCUAAGCCUAAUCCCUCCAUGCAUUCCCCUCCUCACUGGAAAGACGCUGGGUGGCGGAGCCCAAUACCCUCCCCAUCCCCUACUCUUGACCCAUAGGUUGCCCUUCCUAUAGCUUUAGUCACCAAUCCUACCUUUUUUUGUUGAUUUGAAGAAAAAUGCUGUUUUUACUACGUCAGUAACACUGAAACAUUCUUAAUUGUUUGUUUCCCUGCCUUACCAUGUAAUGUUUUUAUUUCUACUUCUGUAAUAAAGAUGGGCAGCCUAUAAAAUA